AAAAGAAGAAGGGACCCACUGUUCCCUCACCCGAUUGCAUGCAAGAUUUGCGAGUAUGAUACAUCUCCAACAAACUCGAUCGUGAUUAUAAAUUAAAAUGCCUCGUCAUAGCUUCAAUUUGAAAUAUUCAUUUGUCCAAUUCAAAGGGUCUCUUCUGGGUGACUCGCUUUUCGUUCUUCAGUUUCAAUAGAAGAAGAGACUUAGACUUACUCUGGAGAAGAUGAAGGGAUUGCUUUAUGUUAUCGUUGUCUCUGUCAUAGUUUCAGCUUGCGUUCCAGUUUUGCAAUGCUCCAAGAAGCCCGUGGGAAGCGCUAGAAAGGAAGACAUUCCGUACAUCAAAUGCCGAGUCUGUGAAAAGCUCGCGAAGCAAUUGUAUCUGCAGGUUCAGAAAAAGCAAGUAGAGAUCAUCCCAAAGAAGAUAUCAGAGUACCAGGUCAUUGAGAUAGCAGAGAAUGUUUGCAACCUGAAAAAGGCAGGAGCAGAUUGGAUUUUGCAUAUAGAUAUUGUAGAAAAAGAAGAUAGGUUAGAGCUGGUGGAGCAAGAGUCUGAGGGACAAUGCAAUUCUGAAUGCAAGACAAUCGAGCGUGCUUGUCAAGAGGUAAUUGGAUAUUAUGAUACAGAUGUUGCUGAAUAUCUUUACAACUCCAAGCCUAAUAUUGAUUCGCUGUUCAAUUUCCUGUGUAAAGACAUCACUAAAGCAUGCAGUACCAAGCCACCUCCUGUCCCUAUGGACAGGAGUGCUGGAGAGCCCUUCAUUCCAAAGUCGUCAAAGGAGGCUGAAAUGGAAAAGCUACAAAAAUCUAUGGAGGGCAUGCCAGGAGCACCGAGUUUGAAGAUGUACUCAAGGGAUGAUUUGAUGAACAUGCAGAAUUUUGGCGCUGAUGAUGACGAUGAUGACGAAGCAGAUUUACCAUUAAAAUUGGGAAAAGUUUUGAGGGAUAAAGAUGGUCCAAAAAAUUACUGGAAACAGAAGCUAAGAAAAGGAUUUGCAGAGGCAAGCAUGACACUGAAGAAACAUGCAAAUAAGGUCUCCAAUCGUAUACGACCGUGGUGGAGGGGAAAAAAGACAACCUCUUCAAAGAAGGGCAAGUCGGAACUCUAAUUCCCGCACUAAUCACCUGAUUGCCGAACCACUUUAGGCUUUCCUGAUGAUAAGUUGACAAAGCUUAUUAUAGGCCUCUGUUGUUUGUUCCCAGGAUUGUCGAGUGGUUAGUGCAAAAGAAAGACUGAAAGAAUGAAAGAAAGAUUUUCGAGUGAACAAAUAGAAAGGCAAUCAAAUUAAUUCACCGAAAAAGAAAGGCAAUCAAAGUAGAGUUUCACAAGUUCUACCUUAGCAGUGAAGACCUCUGUUGGCCUCUUAAAGAGUGCUUUGGUGGGUGAUAGUAAAGUAACUGACCGAGACGAGAGAGAAAAAUAUAGUUUUUUUUUUCCCCCAAGCCUUUUGACUAAGAUAAAGUAUUUAUUGUAGGCUUAAUUGUAAACUAUCAAUGAGAUUUCAAAGUUCUCUUCA